AUGUCUUCUAGUGGGCCUCCCACCAUCCAGUUCCAGCCUCCCGGUUCAGAUGACCUGGCCUUUUGGGAGAGGGUUGCUGCCGAGUUUCGAAACAGAUUUGGCAACAUGACGUCCACAGCGUCUACUACCACGCCGUUUCGGCACGCCUUCGAGCAACGCGUGGUGGACAUGUCCAUGCCGAAAAGUGAUAUCAAUGCAUUGAUACUAGACUAUCUCACAGUGGAGGGAUACCCACAGGCUGCUGCAAAUUUCUCCAAGGAGGCAAAUUUGCAGCCCAUGCAAGACGACCCUGCCAUCAGAGCCCGCCAGGAAAUCAGGAAUCUGAUCCACCAGGGACACAUCCAGGACGCCAUCGAGUCACUUAAUGGCCUAGACCCAGACAUCCUGGACCAAGAUCCACACCUGCACUUUUCGCUCCUCAGGCUGCAGCUUGUGGAGUUGAUCCGCAACAGCAGCGACGGUGACAAGAGUGUCAUGGAUGCUAUCCAGUUUGCGCGCGACCAGCUCGGUCCUAGGGCAUCGCGGCAACCUGCUUUCUUGAAGCCGCUCGAGAACACCAUGGCUAUCUUGCUUUACCCCCGGGACAGCUUGAAGCCCGAGCAGGCGGCCAUCAUGCAUCCUAAUCUGCGUAGAGAGGUCUCCGACAUGGUCAACGAGGCCAUCAUGCAGCGCCAGAUGCAGCGAACCGAGGCAGCCCUUCGGCAUCUGCUAAAGGUCCGUGCCUGGAGUGAGGACAAGGGUCGCAGUUCUGGCAUCAGCCUCCCUGAGAAGAUUGAGCUCGGUCUGAACGGCGAAGACAGCUCCCAUGAGAAUGGGUCCUCUGAGCCUAUGGUUACGAACUAG